AUGAUCUCAGACACUUCCUACAAUUUGAUCCUCAAAAACUGUAAUUUCACAGCAGAGAGAUUCUCUGAAGGGUGUGAAUCCGCCAUUUACAAUGCUGCGGCUGACUUUGGCGACAUUGAUCAGUACAGCAUCUACACACCCAAGUGCGUACGCACGAAGGAAAUGCACAAAACGGUCAUAUCUAGACAGGUUUUAGCAGAGUACGACCCUUGUACUGAGAGCUAUGCCGAGAUUUAUUAUAACCGUCCCGAGGUACAACGAGCCAUGCAUGCGAACCGCACCGCUAUUCCUUAUAAAUGGACUGCUUGCAGUGACUAUGUGUUUAACAAUUGGAACUGGAGAGUCUCUGACAAUUCGAUGUUGCCGUUAUACAAAGAACUCAUGGAGGCUGGUCUGAGGAUAUGGGUCUUUAGCGGUGAUACAGACUCAAUUAUACCAGUGACAGCGACUCGGUUUUCCCUCAGCAAACUCAAUCUUCCGGUGAAGACUCGCUGGUACCCUUGGUACUCCGGCAACCAGGUAGGAGGAAGAACAGAAGUAUAUGAGGGGCUUACCUUUGUCACGGUAAGAGGAGCGGGCCACGAGGUGCCUUUGUUCCGACCGCAGAGUGCCCUAAUUAUAUUAAGAUCUUUCUUGGCUGGCAAGGAGCUUCCAAGAUCUUAUUAG